AUGGGAGCCGUUCGAUUGUCUUAUAUUAAUGCUCACCCACACGGGUGCUAUUUUCAUUUUACACAAAUCAUUUUUUUAUUGAAAGAAAAAGUGGCAUUGAUAGGAGUUAAAGAAGUUAAUGGGGUCUUUUAUGUUAGAAUUAAACUGAAAAAUAAAGCUUGUCUUCAUUCUGUGCCUUCUUUUUUGAUGGAUUUUGUGUGUUUAAUCCUCUUAAUACGAUUUAAUAUUGGGACAAUUUAA